CUUUGGGACAGAGAGGUGCAGUGGCCAGGGUGACAAGAGGGUGGGCACAGCCUGCAGACCUAGGGAACAUGGCCGGGUCCUCCUGGGGAGGACCUAGAGCGCAAAGCCUGAGUGUGGAAAGACAGAAGGUAAAGUCAGAAGCCGAUGGGGUCUCUUUCCCAGACCCCAGAGAAGCCUCUGCCACCUGGCCUCCCUGCCUUUCCAGAGGGUAGCUUCUGCUGGACAGUGGAAUUUUCCCAAGACAGGCUCCUCCCUAGUGGGCUUGGAUUCUCAGUUCUACCCUAUCUUCUCAGAGCUGGGCUACCCCUGAGUCUGGGGGUCAGAGGAGGAAGAGGGUCUGGGCUUUCACGGAGUCCGCCUGCCCUGAGAGGAAAGUGUCCUGCGCUUGGGGAAGCUUGCGCUGGAUCUCUCUCUAUUAUUUUUUUUUCUCCCAGGCUGGCUGGACCAGUUAGCCUGGACUUUGACUCUUUUGCUCCAGAGCCCUGGCAAGGGCUCCUGAGGGGAAUAGUGGAGCGCUGGGGCGGGCCCUUCCCCAUCUUGUUUCCUCACCUCCAUCCCCCAGACCCAGCUACUGUCAGUCGUCACGCCAGGGACUGAGGAGAAGAGGGGAGGGAUAGGAGCGGGGAUGGAGGCCCCCCCUCCUGAGGUUGCCUAGACAACAUCUGAAAUCGUGGCCAGGGCCUCUUCCGCCUGCGGGGCCUCUGCUUCCUGCAUCAGUCACUCCCGCUGGGGGCGGGGCAGAGGAAGGGGUUGGAUGUGGCAGAGCCAGGCCCAGCUGGUGCGGUUCAGACUCCCCCCGCCGUCUCCGCGGCCUGAGCCAUGGCAUCCUAUUCAUCUGGCUCCGGCAAACCCAAGGCCAAAUAUCCCUUUAAGAAGCGGGCCAGCCUGCAGGCUUCCUCUGCAGUACCAGCCCCCUGCUCGCCGUCAUCCCAGGGUCUCCCCUGCAUGCAGCUGCACUUGGUACAGCCCGUGCCGGCCCCUGAGCUGUCCUGGGGGACUGGCUGCAGCUCCACUCAGCAAACAGACGGGCAAGGGGCACAGGGCUGCUGGCCGGAGCUGCCUGACUCUGCAGAGGCUCGGGGUGGGCUGGGGGCCCCUCCGCUGCAGUCUGCCCGAUCCCUGCCAGGCCCUGCCCCCUGCCUCAAGCACUUCCCGCUCGACCUGCGCACGUCUAUGGAUGGCAAAUGCAAGGAGAUCGCCGAGGAGCUCUUCAGCCGCUCCCUGGCUGAGAGUGAACUCCGUAGCGCCCCAUACGAGUUCCCCGAAGAGAGCCCCAUCGAACAGCUGGAGGAGCGGCGGCAGCGCCUGGAGAGGCAGAUCAGCCAGGAUGUCAAGCUGGAGCCAGACAUCCUGCUUCGGGCAAAGCAAGAUUUCCUGAAGACGGACAGUGACUCGGACCUCCAGCUCUACAAGGAGCAGGGUGAGGGGCAGGGUGACCGGGGCCUGCGGGAGCGUGAUGUGGUGCUGGAACGGGAAUUUCAGCGGGUCACCAUCUCCGGGGAGGAGAAGUGUGGGGUACCAUUUACAGACCUGCUGGACGCAGCCAAGAGUGUGGUGCGGGCGCUCUUCAUCCGGGAGAAGUACAUGGCCCUGUCUCUGCAGAGCUUCUGCCCCACCACCCGCCGGUACCUGCAGCAGCUGGCCGAGAAGCCUCUGGAGACACGGACCUAUGAGCAGGGCCCUGACACCCCUGUGUCUGCUGAUGCCCCGGUGCACCCCCCUGCGCUGGAGCAGCACCCAUAUGAGCACUGUGAACCAAGCACCAUGCCGGGGGACCUGGGCUUGGGUCUCCGCAUGGUGCGGGGCGUGGUGCACGUCUACACCCGCAGGGAACCUGAUGAGCAUUGCUCAGAAGUGGAGCUGCCAUACCCCGACCUUCAGGAAUUUGUGGCAGAUGUCAAUGUGCUGAUGGCUCUGAUUAUCAAUGGCCCCAUAAAAUCCUUCUGUUACCGCCGCCUGCAGUAUCUGAGCUCCAAAUUCCAGAUGCAUGUGCUGCUUAACGAGAUGAAGGAGCUGGCUGCCCAGAAGAAAGUGCCACACCGAGAUUUCUACAACAUCCGCAAGGUGGACACGCACAUCCAUGCCUCGUCCUGCAUGAACCAGAAGCAUCUGCUUCGCUUCAUCAAACGGGCAAUGAAGCGGCACCUGGAGGAGAUCGUGCACGUGGAGCAGGGUCGCGAACAGACGCUGCGGGAGGUCUUUGAGAGCAUGAAUCUCACUGCCUACGACCUGAGUGUGGACACGCUCGACGUGCACGCGGACAGGAACACCUUCCAUCGCUUUGACAAGUUCAAUGCCAAAUACAACCCUAUUGGGGAGUCUGUCCUCCGAGAGAUCUUCAUCAAGACCGACAACAGGGUUUCUGGGAAGUACUUUGCUCACAUCAUCAAGGAGGUGAUGUCGGACCUGGAGGAGAGUAAAUACCAGAAUGCGGAGCUUCGACUCUCCAUCUACGGGCGCUCAAGGGACGAGUGGGACAAGCUGGCGCGCUGGGCAGUGAUGCACCGUGUACACUCUCCCAACGUGCGCUGGCUCGUGCAGGUGCCCCGCCUCUUUGAUGUGUACCGUACGAAGGGCCAGCUGGCCAACUUCCAGGAGAUGCUAGAGAACAUCUUCCUGCCACUGUUCGAGGCUACCAUCCACCCUGCCAGCCACCCGGAGCUGCACCUCUUCUUGGAGCACGUGGAUGGCUUUGACAGCGUGGACGAUGAGUCUAAGCCCGAGAACCACGUCUUCAACAUGGAGAGCCCCCUCCCCGAGGCUUGGGUGGAGGAGGACAACCCACCCUAUGCCUACUACCUGUACUACACCUUCGCCAACAUGGCCAUGCUGAACCACCUGCGCAGGCAGAGGGGCUUCCACACGUUUGUGCUGAGGCCACACUGUGGGGAGGCCGGGCCCAUCCACCACCUGGUGUCGGCCUUCAUGCUGGCUGAGAACAUCUCACACGGGCUCCUUCUGCGCAAGGCCCCGGUCCUGCAGUACUUGUACUACCUGGCCCAGAUCGGCAUCGCCAUGUCCCCGCUCAGCAACAACAGCCUCUUCCUCAGCUACCACCGGAACCCGCUCCCCGAGUACCUGUCCCGCGGCCUCAUGGUCUCGCUGUCCACCGAUGAUCCCCUGCAGUUCCAUUUCACCAAGGAGCCGCUGAUGGAGGAGUACAGCAUCGCCACCCAGGUGUGGAAGCUCAGCUCCUGUGAUAUGUGUGAGCUGGCGCGCAACAGUGUGCUCAUGAGCGGCUUCUCCCAUAAGGUAAAGAGCCACUGGCUGGGACCCAACUACACCAAGGAGGGCCCCGAGGGUAAUGAUAUCCGCCGCACCAACGUGCCGGACAUCCGCGUGGGCUACCGCCAUGAGACCCUGUGCCAGGAGCUGGCGCUCAUCACGCAGGCCGUGCAGAGCGAGAUGCUGGAGACCAUCCCGGAGGAGGCGGGCAUCACCAUGAGCCCAGGGCCUCAGUGAGCCCAGCUCACGUAGUGCCCCACAUCUUGGCACCUUGGCCACGUUCUGUCCUCAGACCCCUCCCAUGCUCUUGUGGUCUCUGCAUGUGUCCAUUCUUCUUUGUCCUGUCCUGCAUGUCUCUACCUGUAUCUGUCCCUGUGCCGCCCCAGGGAAAGUGGUGCCCAGGAUCUGCUUUGCCCUUGUCUUGGCUCAAGUGGCAUCUGAUGGCCCAGGUUGGAGGGCUGCCCUGCUGGUGGCCCUGUCCCAGGAUCCUUUGAAGCCUGGCUGUCCUGCGGGCAUCUCAGUGUCUGCAGGAGCUAGGGAUGGUUGUGGGGGGCUGGCCCCUCUAAUUCUUGGGGUCCUGUUUAGGCAAACCCGAGCUUUGGCUGGGGCUUGAGUUUAGGCCACCACCUUGUUCAUGUGGCCGAGGGGCAGUCAGGUGGGGCCUGUACACAUGUGUUACGGGCACGAGCUGCUGGGAAUCUGGGGAGUUCCAGCAGCCCUGAGGGAGGUAAAAUUGGUUGAGUUGCAGCCAUGGCUGCCUGGACUCGAGCCCCAGAGGUGCUGGACCACCACCUCCGCCAAGUCACUGCCCAGUCGCUCUCUCCGUCCUUCCCCUGGUCCACGUGCUUCUCUGGUGUCAGCUUCCUGUGCCUCUGUGGGAGGGGGCAGCCGCCCGUGCUAUGUCUGGGGCCACUGCAGCUGGAGGGUCCUGGAUUGGCCACUAGCCCUGGGGGCAAUCCCCUCUAUGGUCCCCAGAGUUUUGACCAGACCUGGGUCCCACCUGGUCCCCUGUGUUGUGUUCUGGACCGAGGCCUUUGCUGUGAAAUGCAGUAUUUCAUACAAUCCCAUCUUUCCUAGUGCAUGAAAAAUAAAGAUUAUUUAAGUAA